UAGAUUUUUCUUAGAAUAUAAUAUUUGGAAAUAGUUACAUGUUAUGUAAUAUUUACCUUGAAAUGGUUUGAUAUUGACAUACAACACAUUUGUUGUACAUUGUAUUACAGUGCCAGUAUUGACUUUGUUGGGUAGGGGCAGGGACAAUAAACAGACAUUUCACUUCUCAAAAAUGUGACUGGGCUUUGAUGGAGCCCUCAACAGGAUGAGAGGCACUAAACAGACCAGAGUAGUUAAUAGAAAUCUAAUCUCACUUCCUUUACUCUGGCUGAAUGAGCACCACUUUUGUCCUCCGUAGCAAUUGCCAAGUGGUAAUUUACAGUCAUGUUGUGUAUUUCUGGCCAUGUUUUGAUAAUAUAACAGGAUUUCAUGCCCUCUUCUCUGUCACAAGCUACGUCCCGUAACUGUCGAACCCAAGAAACAACGGCCUCUCCUGAAGAGGAUCACAGCUGGACUGGCAAAGCUAUUUUGCUUCCCGUGCAAGAAAUGAAGCAAAUAGUAUUACUUACAAGAUAAUAUGCCUCUGAUAGGGAUUGAUUUUGUUAGUGUCCAAAAUGGUAUCUCUCUGUAUCUCACUUAUGUUGCACAUUAAUUCCCAUUUGGAUGAAUGCUGGGAACUGGUACAAUCUCACCAGACUGUUCACAACUUUGAGGUCAUGCUUAUAGGCCACCUGGUUGAUCUACACAAUAUCCUCAGACAGGUUUUCAACAUGUUACAAGGUGAAGGAAAUGCAGACAAUGGGGUUUAGAAGACGGAUGCCAUAAUAGCAGCAGGCACAAGUCUAAUUCAACCUAAAUUUGUCAAGUCCGUCAUUAUUCAUUGUGGUAACAGGGCAACAGUAUGAUUCAAGUCAUUUUCAGCUGUGAUUUAUAUGAUAUGUGACUACAAGAUGAAGAUGUAUGGGGGUUGACAACAACACAGGCAUCAACAUUUCUUCCUGAACAUUGUCUAAAAUGCACAAUUGAAUCAAGAAGCCUGGAGAUGUUUUGAGUUUCACGGGAGAUGUUCUGUCGGGUCAAUCGGAGCCAUAGAUUGCCUGCUUUGGAUCAACUGGCUGAGGACAAAUUCCAUAGGUUGGGCAGUGUCCAGUGCUAUAGCACUACAUGCUGGCAUGAGGACAGCCCCUUGUCUGACAGUGAAGAUGAGUGGCAGCAUUCUGAUUGGUUGGGUGAAACCACUUCUGUUCAGACCUGGUCUUCUUAUGACGUAUCCACUGCCUCUCCCAGUUCUGGAGCUCCCCACCUGACUCCCAUCCCUAAUGGUCAAAUGACAGAUGACACAAGGUCUUUGGCCCCUCUGAGCCCCGACUGGCCACUGUUCAUGACCUGGGAUCCCCGUUCUCCAUUGGCUGGCAGAUCACUGAUGUCUACCAAAGAAAUCAGUGAUCUUGUGGUCCCAUUUUCUGGAGAGGAUAACAAAUCCCUGGCUUCUGCCAACCCUGUGGAGGACUCCUGUCUGAAGCCCAGCAGUGACACAUUUCUGAACAAUCUGGCCAGGAAUCAGAGUCAGGCCCAUGGACGGGACAUGGCAACCACACAGCGUGUGAUGAAGAACACUGGAUACUGGGAUUUGGCCAACACCAGCCAUACCCAUCGCAUAGUGCUGGUUGCCCCCAUUCAGAAUCCAGCUGAUCAGGUAGAAGAGUGUCCAGAAGAAGGCAGGUCCCUAUACAGCCUCUCCCUGACAGAAUCAGAAGUUGGUCAAUCAAACUCCUGUAACCUUCUGUCUCUUGGUGAAGAUGGAUCUUUCAGUGGGGACUCUAAUGAUGACCUUUUUGAUAACCUCUCUGCUGAAGAUGUAAUCAUACUUCCUGAUGAACCAAUGAGGCAGAGGUCCACAGUGUACCCUGACAUCCCCACACCUCCCACUGAGUGGGACUUAAGCUACCUGGACCAGGAUGAGCAGAGCCUCCAAGACUUCAGCAAGGAGGGCGGUUGUCUGCAGAAGACCACCAAAUACCAGACAGGUGGAUUUCUGCAAGCCUUGAAGGAGAAGUGUUUGUUCUCUGGGAGAAAGCAAGCCAUUGAUUUGGAGGAGAGGCCUCAGACAACGAUUGGUAAUGUGAGAAGCCUGGAGGCCCACCAGUUUCAUGGGGAGAUGUUCUGUCAGGUCAAGCGGAGCCAUAGAUUUCCUGCUUUGGAUAAACUGGCUGAGGACAAAUUCCAUAGGUUGGGCAGUGUCCAGUGCUAUAGCACUACAUGCUGGCAUGAGGACAGCCCCUUGUCUGACAGUGAAGAUGAGUGGCAGCAUUCUGAUUGGUUGGGUGAAACCACUUCUGUUCAGACUUGGUCUUCUUAUGACGUAUCCACUGCCUCUCCCAGUUCUGGAGCUCCCCACCUGACUCCCAUCCCUAAUGGUCAAAUGACAGAUGACACAAGGUCUUUGGCCCCUCCGAGCCCCGACUGGCCACUGUUCAUGACCUGGGAUCCCCGUUCUCCAUUGGCUGGCAGAUCCUUGAUUUCUUUGGUAGACAUCAGUGAUCUUGUGGUCCCAUUUUCUGGAGAGGAUAACAAAUCCCUGUUCUCUGGCAACCCUUUGGGGGACUCCUGUCUGAAGCCUACCAUUGACACAUUUCUGAACAAUCAGGCCCAUGGACGGGACAUGGAAACCACACAGGACGAGAAAGGCAACAAGGAAGUGAAACAAAGCAUUUCCAGCCAGCAGGAGAGUGAGGGCAGUGAGGUUGUGGUUGCUCAGAAGAAAGGCAAAAAGAGUCUGAGGAAGAGGUUUCUUCAGUGGCUGCAGCGUAAACUUAGACGCAAGUUUGCUUGAUGACCACAGAAAGCCGGAACUUCCAGAAAACCUCCCUACCAACCUUAGCCUGACUGACUCCUCUAGACUGUUAUCAACAUACCUACAAACACAAACCAAUACUCACACAACUAAUAACUACACAUUUACUUACCUCCCCAACCUCCAACUAACCUUCGGUCUACCUAUCCACCCACACAUUAGAACAUACAAUCACCCACCAGGUCUAAUUAGAUUUAAUCAAAUUGUGAUUGUGCAGUUGACAUUCCAAGCAGCCUAGCAAAGUUCUAUAUGAAGCAAAACUAACAGUCUUUCUUAGAUAUUUAAGAAUAUCAUGCUGUAGUAAAACUACAGCAUAACAUGGCACCCAUAUAUAUGACUACAAUCCAUAACAUUGCAUAACACUGAGUUGAACCUAAAAUGACAUUGUAUACAGGCCGGCUCUUUGCAUAAGCAAUAUAAACGGUCACUUAGGGCUCCUGACUGCUAGGGGGCCUCUGACUGAUAGGGGAGAGGGGUCCCCAAAUUAUGGAAUGGAUUUUGGAAGGGGACAAAUACAAAAACUGAAUAGGAUUAACAUGAACAGUCACAUCUGCCCUAUCUGAAAUAAACACUUUAACCUACCAACAUGAACAUGCCAAUUAUAUUGGGGUGACAAAUUAUCCUUCCUUUAACAUUGUGGGACUUUGUGGGGGGGACGUGUCCCCUCAAACCCCCUGGGAAUUUAACCCCUGGGUGGGGAACAUGCCAAGUCUUUUAUGCCCCCUGAAGUAAAAGUGACUCUACCAUGUUCUCUUUACCACUGAUUUACUCUAUGCAGCUGUAGAACUGUCUGAUAUCUGUCUGAUAUACAAAAUCUUUGGAGCCUGUUUAGAGGAAAGAGGCUUUGAAGCGUCCUCUUCAGGCCUGAUAAAGUGUCUCCAACUUUAGUUUGUUUGUCAUUUGGACCCCCAUCUUUUGAGAAAAGGACAUUAUGAAAUGAUAAA